AUGGAUCCUUCCUUUUCACCGGAAACCUCCUUUAGUUCGCCGGAAUACUCCUCCCCAGAUUUCUUUCCUAAUUAUCCAUCCACCAAUCACCACUUCCUCCCUUUCAACGAAAAUGACUCCGAAGAGAUGCUUCUUUUUGGGAUCAUCGCCGACACAGUUGCCCACCACCACCACCAACCAUCGACCCCAACCAACCACAUUAAAGAAGAUGAGAUUUUAGAGAAAGACUGCAGCUACAGAGGCGUACGGAGGCGACCGUGGGGGAAGUACGCGGCGGAGAUACGUGACUCAACACGAAACGGAGUUAGGGUUUGGCUAGGAACAUUUGAUACGGCGGAGGAGGCAGCCCUGGCGUACGAUCAGGCGGCGUAUGCCGUCAGAGGUUCGGCGGCGGUGCUUAAUUUCUCGGAAGAUGUAGUGUAUGAGUCUUUAAGGAAGAUGGAUUACAAGUACGAGGAAGGGAGUUCGCCGGUUUUGGCAUUAAAGAAAAAGCACACCUUGAAGAGGAAAUCGACGAUGAAGAAGAAGAAGAAGCAGAAGAUAGAGAAGGAGGCUAAGGUGGGAAACGUUGUCGUCUUGGUGGAUCUGGGUAGGGAGUACCUGGAAGAAUUAUUAGGAUUAUCUGAGAGCUGUAGCAGUAGUAGUCAUAGCUGCCAUAUACAUAUACAUAUACAUAUACAUAUACAUAUACAUAUAUAUACAAUCACUCUUUCACAUCAAAAGUCCAACAUGAUCAAUUCUAUGUUUUACCAUUACUCCUCGCCGGACUUCUCUUCCAACUCGCCGGAGUACUCCUCCUCUAGUUCCCAACCUAACUAUCCGCCCACCGAUCACCACUACCUUCCCUUUAACGAAAAUGAUUCACAAGAGAUGCUUCUCUUAGGAGUCAUUGCCGACGCCCAGCCACCGCACACGACGAACCACCCUGAAGAAGAAGAAGAGUGUUUCAAGCCGGAGAAGGAGUGUAGUUACAGAGGCGUGAGGAGGCGACCAUGGGGGAAGUAUGCAGCGGAGAUACGUGACUCGACGCGAAACGGGGUUAGAGUAUGGCUGGGAACAUUUGACACGGCGGAGGAGGCGGCUCUGGCAUAUGACCAGGCGGCGUUUUCCGUCCGGGGUUCUGCGGCUGUCCUUAACUUCUCGGAGGAGUUGGUGUAUGCAUCUUUAAGGAAGAUGGAUUACAAGUACGAGGAAGGGAGUUCACCGGUUUUGGCACUAAAGAAGAAGCACACCAUGAAGAGGAAAUCAACGAUGAUGAAGAAGAAGAAGAAGAAAGAGGAGGCUAAGGUGAAAAACGUCGUCGUGUUGGAGGACCUGGGUAGAGAGUAUCUGGAAGAGUUAUUAGGGUUAUCUGAGAGCGGUAGCGGUAGCGGUAGCGGUAGCAGUAGCAGUUUUCGUUACUGAAGAUAGUAAAAGCAUGCAAGUUGUCAUACAACUUUUCUUCUCUCACACACACAUACACCUUAAGCACAUAUUUCUAUUAUUG